AUGUGGAGAUUCAAGCCUUUCAUGCACAAGGAGCCAACUGGGCUCGAAGGCCGCUCCAUUGACAUUGGAAAUCUCAAGAUUCAUGUCAAGAACGCCAUUGCCGAAGGUGGGUUCUCUUGCGUUUACUUAGCUCGGGACGCUGUGCAUGUGUCCAAGCAGUACGCUUUGAAGCACAUCAUAUGUAAUGAUGAGGAGAUGCUGGAGCUGGUGAUGAAAGAGAUCUCGGUCAUGAAGUUGCUUAGAGGACAUCCCAAUGUGGUCACACUCCAUGCCCACACCUUCUUGGACAUGGGCCGCACAAAGGAGGCACUCCUUGUCAUGGAGUUUUGUGACAAGUCUUUGGUUAAUGUACUGGAGAGCAGAGGAGCUGGGUUCUUUGAUGAGAAACAGGCUCUUGCGAUCUUCAGAGAUGUGUGCAAUGCAGUUUUUGCAAUGCACUCUCAGUCCCCUCCCAUUGCUCAUAGGGAUUUGAAAGCUGAGAAUCUUCUGUUGGGGUCUGAUGGUUUGUGGAAGUUGUGUGAUUUUGGAAGCAUCUCUACCAAUCACAAGCGCUUUGAGAGGCCUGAAGAAAUGGGUAUUGAAGAGGAUAAUAUCAGAAAGCACACUACACCUGCCUAUAGAGCCCCUGAGAUGUGGGACCUUUUUCGGAGAGAACUUAUAAAUGAGAAAGUAGACAUAUGGGCUCUUGGGUGCCUUCUCUUUCGCAUUUGCUACUUCAAAAGUGCAUUUGAUGGAGAAUCAAAGCUGCAGAUCUUAAAUGGAAACUAUCGCAUUCCAGAAUUACCUAAAUACAGCUCGUUUAUCACAGAUCUUAUCAGAGACAUGCUUCAGUCGUCACCAGAUGACCGACCAGACAUCACGCAGGUGUGGUUUCGUGUUAAUGAGCAGUUACCAGUUGGUUUGCAGAAGUCUUUACCGGAUAGGCAAGCUGAAAUGAACUCUGCUGAAAAGCAUGAAGCAGGUAUUUCAAGGCCGGCAAACAAGUCACCUGCAGGGCCCCGUAGAAGCCCACCACCACCACCAACUUCAGUUGGAGAAUCAGCUAGAAAUUCAACACAAUUGUCAAAUACGUCUAAGGCAGGGGGAAGUGGAGGGCAGCUUGGUGCAUUCUGGUCCACUCAACAUGCAGAUAACUCACUUGUUGAAGAAAAUACUAUACCUAAGUUUGAUGAUGAGCCUGCUGGCCAUUACACUGAAAAACUUGAUGGGAUUCGUCUGGAAAUUCAUCCUAUAUCCAAGAACAGUGCCCCUGCAAAAGAGGAAAAUGCACAAACUCAUGCUACACGAAGAAACUCUCAUGGCAAAUCGCACAAGCCUGAAGAUGGACCUUCAAAGGACUUUGAAAUAAGUUUCUUCCCAAAGGAUACAGACCAUGGAACUGAAAAGCCAAAGGCAUCUAAAUCUCAGAGUGCAACUGGUUUCCAAGAUGAAGCAUUUAACUCUUUUGUUGCAGAGUUUGAUACUAAAAGACUCAGCAUGGGAGCUAGUAAUAACAAAUCUGGAAAAGAAGAAGCAUUAAAGGCUGAAGUAGAGAGAUUGAAAGAGCAGCUGAAGCAAGCCAAUUUGGAAAAGGGUGAAAUAACUUCCAAAUUUGAAAAGCUAUCUGCCAUCUGCCGAUCUCAAAGGCAGGAGUUACAGGAGCUUAAGCAGACGCUUGCUGCUAGAACACCAUCACCAAAUAAAGAUGCAUCUAGAAAUCAAACUUCACCUGGAAAUCUGCCAUCUGCAAAUCCUCUGCAGAGGGAGAAGAUUGAAGGAAGCUUUUGGGAGCAAGGAAAAUCUGACAGGAGUACUCCGAGUCCAGAACCAAACCCAUGGCAGCCAUUUGUAGAGGAACCCAAAUCACAGCAGCCUUCUUCAACAGAUAACACCAUGAAAAUCUGUCAGGACAAGAAACGGUCACCAGAACAAGCAGACCACUCAAAGAGUUUUACUGCUGUGCCCACUGGAAGCACACAGAUUUCAAGACCUAUGGGUGAAGGAAAUAAUUCUCAGCGCUUUGGCGAGGCAAAGGUUAUGGAGAGCAAGCCAGCUUCUCAACCUGCUGGAUGGGCUGGUUUCUAA